GAAACCACCAAAAAUGGAAUCCAAGAAACAUCUUUUGUUGUUGUUUGAUCGCCCCAAAGAGCCGGUAUUUAUGGCAAAGGGAAAAAAUAAAGCAGUUUUUAACGUACCUCAAAAUUAUUUGGAAGAUAAAUACAAGCCAGCGGCAACUCAAAUUGUCAACCGUUUUGGAGAAGAUGCUGGAGAAAAAAUUAACGUCUCCAGAAUAUCACUGCCACCUCUUGGUGAAAUUUUGGAAUUAAAACGCAACGAGAACUUCUCCCUUUUCUUGCCUAAACAUCGCAGGAUUGCCGGCAAGCUUAUUGACAUUUUUCUUGGAAUGCGUAACGUUGAGGAAUUACUUUCUUGUGCUGUCUAUGCCAGAGAUCGCGUAAACCCCUACUUAUUUAACUACUGUCUUUCUGUCGCCCUGUUGCACAGACCUGAUACACAGGACAUCGAUUUGCCUUCUUUUAUUAGUUCUUUUCCUGACAAAUACCUGGACAGUCAGGUCCUUGGCGAAGCCAGGGAACAAGCCACCAUUGUUCCUGAUGGAUCCAGAACUCCAAUCGAAAUUCCCAAGGAUUACACUGCAUCUGAUUUAGAGGAAGAACAUCGUCUAGCCUACUUCAGAGAAGAUUUGGGAAUUAAUCUUCACCACUGGCAUUGGCAUUUGGUUUACCCAUUUGAAGCUGCCCGUGUUGUUGUGGACAAAAAUAGAAGAGGGGAGUUGUUUUACUACAUGCAUCAGCAAAUUAUUGCUAGAUACAAUUUUGAACGUCUCUGUAAUGAUCUCAAGAGAGUAGACCGUUUAGUAGAAUUAAAGAGUCCAAUUAAAGAAGCGUAUUUCCCAAAACUGGACAGCUUGGUUUCUAGUAGGGCAUGGCCUUCUAGAGUAGCAAAUCAAACUCUUUCAAAUAUAAGAAGGGAAACCGAUCAAAUCACUCAGGAUAUUGAUGACCUAAUCAGAUGGAGGGAUAGAAUUUUGGAAGCUAUUCACAGCGGAGUUAUACGAAAUGAACAAGGUCAAGAAAUUCCUCUGACAGAAAAUGAAGGUAUCGACAUUUUAGGAAAUAUCAUGGAAUCUAGUAUUCUUUCGCCAAACCGGGCCUACUAUGGUGAUAUGCAUAACAUGGGACAUGUAUUAAUCUCAUACAUUCAUGAUCCAGAUCAUCGUCAUCUGGAAACCUUUGGAGUUAUGGGUGAUUCAGCAACUGCUAUGAGGGAUCCAAUUUUUUACCGUUGGCAUGCAUUUGUCGAUUAUAUUUUUCAACAAUUUAAAAACUCUUUACCUACAUAUACUCCACAACAGUUGGACUUUAAUGAAGUAACCGUCCAAGACAUUGAACUCGAAACCCCAAAUGGACGUUCCAAUCAAAUAAACACCUUUUGGCAACAAUCAGAUGUUGAUCUUUCUAGAGGAAUGGACUUUCAACCUAGAGGUUCAGUAUUUGUAAGAUUUACUCAUCUUCAACACAGGAACUUUAAUUACAAAAUCACUGUAAACAAUACCGGUGGAAACAAGCAGGGAACCUGCAGGAUAUUUAUUGCCCCCAAAUUUGAUGAAAGGGGUAACCCAUGGACAUUCCGCGAUCAGAAGAACAUGUUUGUAGAACUUGAUAAGUUUACUGUUAACUUAAAACAGGGUACAAAUACUAUUAAUCAUUCAUCAACUGAUUCCUCUGUAACCAUUCCAUUCGAACGCACUUUUCGCAACUUGGAUAACGAAAGACCCACUGGUGGAGACGCUUUAGCCCAAUUCAACUUCUGUGGUUGCGGAUGGCCACAACAUAUGCUAGUACCAAAGGGUAAAGCUGAAGGCUAUGCAUGUCAACUGUUUGUAAUGAUAUCCGACUAUGAAGGAGACAGGAUUAACCAAACUACUGAGGGUGCUUGUAAUGAUGCUGGAAGUUACUGCGGUAUUAAGGACAAGUUGUAUCCAGAUCGUCGUUCUAUGGGAUAUCCCUUUGACAGGCUUCCAAGACAAGGUGUUAGCACCCUUCAGGAGUUCUUAACGGGCAAUAUGAGAAUUCGCGAUAUCAAUAUUCAAUUUGAAAAUCGCACCUUCAAACCCAGACAAACUGGGGUAAACUAAAACUACGACAACGACGGCUACCAUAUUAUAAAAUUAAAUAAAAAUUGUUUAGAUCUAAAAUAAUAAAUAAAGUGUUUGCAAACAUA